UACCACUAAUGUAAUAACACAUUCUUAGUUAGCUGUCCAAGGACAAGGACACAUUAAGCACUGCCUGAAGUAUACAAGGAUCUUCAGAAUUCCUAACCAGGGAUGUGAGGAACCAAAGUCCAGAUAUCUGUGAGCAGAACAUUCGAGAGAUGCAGUCUCUCCGCUCCUCCCCCUCUCCUGCUCAUGUUGUGUCUCCGGUUCCUGAGCUCCCGGAGCGGACCGGACCCCCCUCACCCAGCCACCCCCAGGGGCCCCCGAGGGAUCUCGGGGCUCCCCGCACCCCCUGUUCUCCCGGGGGAGACCCAGAGACCCCGGACACAGUGGGACAGUCCCCCCGGAGAAGGAGAAGCCCCAUCACCAGAGACAGACUCCCCAACAUCAGCGAUUCUCCAGACUCAGACAGCGAUCUCCCCGGCAGAGGGAAGGAGCCCCGCACCAGAGACGCCGCCAGCGGAGAGAACGGACCGGCAGCCACACAGAGAGCCCCCUCCAGCCCGCACACUGACUCCCCGGCUGCCGGCAGAGACACCCCGGUUCCAGACAGAGACACCUCUUCAGGAGACAGAGACACCCCGGUCAGAGAUUCCCCCAUCACUAUUGGAGAUCAUCCCAGCAGCAGCUACAGCAGAGACCCGGCUCCUGGAGAUACAGACCACCCUGUCCGAGACCCCCAGCUCAGAGAUAGAGACCCCAUCACAAGAGCCAGAGACAGAGACCCACCCGGCCGGUGGAUGGAAGAGACGUCGGGGAACGCGGUGAUCAUCAGGAUCGGCAUCCCGGAUCUGCAGCAAACGAAGUGCCUCCGACUGAAUCCUGAUGCUCCAGUUUGGGUGUCUAAACAGCGCAUCUUGUGCACUCUCAAUCACAGCCUAAAGGAUGUCCUGAAUUAUGGACUCUUCCAGCCAGCUUUUAAUGGCAGAGCUGGGAAAUUCCUUGAUGAGGAGCGGCUGCUACGGGAAUACCCGCCAUCUCUUGCCACGCCUGUACCCUAUCUGGAGUUUCGCUAUAAGAGAAGAGUUUACACACAGACACUACUGGACGACAAGCAGUUUGCCAAACUUCACACCAAAGGGAAUCUAAAGAAAUUCAUGGAAUACGUUCAGCUUCAGAAUAUUGAAAAGGUGACCAGGCUGCUUGAGAGGGGUCUGGAUCCCAACUACCAGGAUCCAGAUACAGGGGAGUGCCCUCUCACCCUUGCUGCCCAGCUGGACGGGGGAGCAGAGCUGGUGAAAGUUCUGCGAAGUGGUGGUGCACACCUGGACUUUAGAACACGUGAGGGGCUAACUGCUCUGCACAAAGCAGUGCGAUACCGCAAUCAUGGCGUACUGAUGACUCUCUUGGAUCUAGGCGCAUCUGCAGACUAUAAGGACAGCCGUGGCCUAACCCCACUUUAUCACAGUGCAAUGGUAGGGGGAGAUCCAUACUGUUGUGAACUACUGCUCCGAGACUAUGCCAGCCUUGGCUGUGAGGAUGAGAAUGGUUGGCAGGAGAUUCAUCAGGCAUGCCGGUAUGGACAUGUUCAGCAUCUGGAACAUCUUCUAUUUUAUGGAGCUGACAUGAGGGCACAGAAUGCAUCGGGGAACAGCGCUCUGCACCUUUGUGCACUCUACAACCAGGAGAGCUGUGCUCGGGUUCUUCUAUUCCGUGGAGCAAGUAAAGAGAUUCGGAACUUCAACAACCAAACGGCGUUCCAAGUUGCUAUUAUUGCAGGAAAUUUCGAACUUGCAGAAAUUAUCAAAACUCACAAAGAAUCCGACAUUGUGCCUUUUCGGGAGACUCCAAGUUACACAAAGCGUCGACGUGUUGUGAGCUGUGUUGGUCUUUCAUCCCCGCGCUUUCUGCAACGCUCCGCCAGUGAUAACAACCUGAAUUCAGAUGGGGCUCAUUACUCACCAGUGCCAUCACUUCGUGGUCUACCCUCACAGCUGCUUUCCCAGGGGCCGGAUACUUCUGGAGGGAUAAUGAUAGGGGAUAGCAGCCUAGCGAGCACUGCAAGUUCCCGGAGUACACACAGCCGCUCUCCCUCAUUACAUCGUGCAAGAGAAGAAAGGAAUGGUGAAAGCCACACUUUGCGAAGGGGACGAGGAAAGAGCAGCCCCGGGCCCCUGGAUAUGAGGAGCACCGGCCCUCGGGGGCCCAAAAGAAAACUGUACAGCGCAGUCCCUGGGAGAACGUUCAUAGCAGUGAAGUCGUACGAACCACAAGGACCUGGCGAGAUCCAACUCAACAGAGGGGAGAGAGUGAAGGUGCUGAGUAUUGGUGAAGGUGGAUUUUGGGAGGGGUCAGUGAAGGGUCGGAGUGGAUGGUUUCCAGCAGACUGUGUGGAAGAAGUGCAGAUGAGACAGCCAGAUCCACGACAAGAAACCCGUGAAGAUAGGACAAAGCGUCUUUUCAGACAUUACACGGUGGGAUCAUAUGACUCCUUCACUUCCCACAGUGAUUAUGUCAUCCAGGAGAAAGUUGCUCGGCUGCAGAAAAGAGAAUUGGAGGGAUUCGGUUUUGUGUUGCGAGGAGCAAAAGCAGAGACCCCGAUUGAGGAGUUCACACCUACACCAGCUUUCCCUGCUUUGCAGUAUCUGGAGUCGGUGGAUGUGGAUGGCGUAGCAUGGCGAGCAGGUCUUCGUACGGGAGACUUCUUGAUAGAGGUGAACGGGGUAAAUGUUGUAAAGGUUGGGCAUAAGCAAGUAGUAUCUCUGAUUCGUCAAGGUGGUGGCCAUCUAAGUAUGAAGGUCGUAUCUGUGAGCCGCAAGCCUGAGAGCGAGGAGGCCAUGCGCAGGAGGGCUCCCCCACCUCCAAAGAGAGCACCAAGCACCACACUUACCCUACGAUCCAAGUCCAUGACAGCUGAGCUGGAGGAACUGGAACGACUGGAUGAGAUUUUGGUUGCGUCUGAUCCCUCCUUGAGACCAGAAAUUGCUGAGGCUGACUCCAGAGCUGCUACAGUAAAACAGCGACCAACAAGUAGACGCAUCACGCCAGCUGAGAUCAGUUCGCUGCUAGAGAGACAGGGUAUUUCUCCACGUGCAAUAUCUCAUAUUUCCGGUGCGAAGCCUCAUUAUCCCCUUCACCAUGGGAUGUCUCGGACAAAAUCUGUUGGUGAAGAUGAGAAACUAUCAGAUUCAUUCCUUGAUGGGCGUUUCCCACGCAGCACAUCCAUGCAAGAUUCUUUAAGGGAAGGUCCUGGAAUUCCACCACCGCCACAGAAAUCUGCUCCCCCGCCACCAUCUCCCUAUUACUUUGACACUGGACCACCCCCAGCUUUCUCCCCACCACCUCCUCCAGGCAGAGGUUAUGAUACUGUGCAUUCAAGCUUUAAACCAGGCUUUGAAGCCAGACUUCAUGGGCUUCCACAUGGAAUGGGAUCUGCAGAGCUCUUAAGCAUGGAUCGUGCCCUCCCUCCGCCUGAUCGCCAGAAGCGUGCUCGUUCCAUGAUCAUCCUUCAAGAUACAUCUCACCUUCCGGUAGAGCCUACAAGUAUUACUCGACCUGGUCCAUCACCCACCCCUCCAGAAAAAUUGAAACGAAGAAGUCGGGCUGUGGAUAACCCUUAUGCCAAUAUGGGCCUGUUUGCACCAAUGAAGCCGCAGCGCAAGAAAAGUCCCCUUGUGAAACAACUUCAAGUGGAAGAUGCUCAGGAGCGAGCGGCAUUAGCCAUGGCUGGGGGCUUCUCACGAGAUCCAUCACCAUCUCGACGCAGUCCACGUCAGAGUAUGAUGGAGUUAGGAACUGCACAUCAUGACCCACUUGGUAGUCCUUUUGCAACAGCACUGGCUGGAGUAAUGAAGGAACGUGAGCGACGGCUGGAUGAGAAGCGCAAAUCCACAGUCUUCCUCUCGGUCGGAGCAUUGGAAGGAACUCCACCUUCCCCAGAUCUCCCAUCUUUACAACCUUCACGCUCUGUUGAUGAGCGAUUGUUGGGGAGUCGUGAUGUCCUCCUACCUUCUCCAGGUUCUUCACUUAAAUCUCUUAUGUAUAGCAGUCCUCAUUCCACAUUCAUCCACCCCCUAACUGGUAAGCCCCUUGAUCCCAACUCACCUCUCGCACUUGCGCUGGCCGCAAGGGAACGUGCACUUUCUGCCCAAGCACCAUCUCCCCCUCCUCAAAGGACACCUACCCCAGUAAGGAGCCCAGAUUCAGACAGAGCUCCUCCAAUGUUUCUGGAAAUUCAAACCAAAGAGGGGGAAAUGGGAAUGGAGAUAGAAGGGUCUGCAUCACCAAUAUAUAGCCCUUCGGGGGCCUCAGUGAAGGGCCAGUGGGGGGCUCCACUAAGGAGGGAUGGAGUGGGUCGUGCAGAGAGAAGCCCUGAGCGACCUGAGAGCAAAGUAGAGGAGAGGAAGCCAAUGAUUCUAAGCAUUGUUGACACCUCUCAGCAGAAGACAGCAGGGCUAAUAAUGGUGCAUGCUACCAGCAAUGGGACAGAAGAUAAAGAGCAGGAGCCACCAGCUAUCAUUGACCAGCAAGAGGCAACGCAGCCCCAUGAUACAGAAGAGAAGGCCUUGUCAAGCUCUUCUUCUGAUAAGACACUUGGGCAAGGAAGUUCAGAGGAGGAAGUAGAGCCUUUUGGGGCUAAUCUGCCACCAGCCAUGUUAUCCUCAAGUGAUGAAGAGACUAGAGAAGAACUAGCAAAAAUUGGACUAUUGCCUCCUCCUGAUGCUUUUGCCAACGGAGUCCUGAUCACAAAACCUGGCACCCCCAUCAGCCAGCUGACUCGGCCUGGUACUUUGGCUGUGCCAUCUGCCAAGCAAUCUAGUGGUCUACCACCCUCAGGGAAGCCUUCUGAUGCCCCAGUUCCCCAUCCAGAGUCAGCUACUGACUCAGGUGUGGAAGAAGUGGAUACCAGGAGCUCGAGUGACCACCACCUGGAAACCACGAGCACCAUCUCUACUGUGUCCAGCAUGUCCACUCUAUCCUCAGAGAGUGGGGAGCCCACUGACACCUACACCUCGUAUGCCGACGGUCAAACUUUUAUACUCGAGAAGCCACCAGUGCCUCCAAAGCCCAAACUCAAGUCUCAACUGAUGAAGGGCACCGUGACCUUCAGGGACCCCCUGCUCAAGCAGUCCUCAGACAGUGAGCUCAUUGCCCAGCAGCAACUUGCAGCGGGCCGUCCGCGCUACCUCUUUCAGAGAAGAUCUAAGCUAUGGGGAGAUCCAGUGGAGAGUCGGCCCCUUUCACAUGGGGGCCCUGUGGAAAUAGAAAAGCCGUCCGUAAUUGGGGAAAUCAGUUCCAGACUCCAGCUGCUAAACAAGGACACACGGUCACUGGGGGAGGAGCCAUCAAUUCCGGGAAUGGACCCCGGCAAGAAAUCUCCAGUGGUUGCAGCUCGACGCUGUUCUUUUACAAACCUCUUCCAAUAUACUUUCUUGUUCAGCAGUCUUGGAGAGCUGCACACUAUUUCCCAGCGCAGCUAUGGAACAUCCUACACCGUACGUCCCGGGAGCCGACACCCCUUGACUCGCAGGGCACCUAGCCCUGUACCACCUUCUUCUGAGAGGGUGGAUCCCUUGGGAGGGGCACGUUCCUACACACUUACACCUCCCACCAUCCUGAAGUCCUCCAGUCUCUCAAUUCCUCACGAACCCAAGGAAGUGCGCUUUGUGGUAAGGAGUGUCAGUGCCCGGAGUCGAUCUCCUUCUCCAUCUUCUGGGCAUCCCAUGCACACUUCUCGACCAUUCCUGCAGAAGCCCCUUUCCCUUUGGAAUAAGUAUGAUGUAGGUGACUGGCUAGAGAGUUUGAACCUAUCAGAACACCGGCUCAAGUUCCAGGACAACGAAAUAGAGGGCUCCCAUCUACCUGCGCUUACCAAGGAUGACUUUGUAGAGCUGGGGGUAACCCGUGUGGGUCAUCGGAUGAACAUCGAGCGUGCCCUCCGCCAACUCAGCACCAGCUGACCCGGUCAGGAGCUGCGGUCCCAUCUUCCGGGAGGGCAACUUCGCACCGCUGCAGGGGGAGGAAUUAUUUCACAUACACAUGACUCAGAAUACCUAAGACAUACAUCUGUGGACACGCACAAAUCUGGGCACUUAGACAAAACACAAUGCAUUGUACAUACAAAAAAUGGUUCAGGUUGUCCUGAACCUUUACAAAGUGAAACAAGUUGCUGCCCACAUACACAUACAGUGACUAUAACAUGUGCUAGCUUAAUUACACUUAGUCUAUCACAUGCAGAUACACUCACUUUGACACACACUGAUACACAAGUGCUGACUCAUACACUAGCGGAGAGAAAGCACUUUACAGUGAGUGAUAAACCAGAUACAUAAUAAUACUCUCAAAUACACACUACAAAACUUGUUCAACUUCAAACAUACAAUCCUCUCCUUGUGCGGUGCAAUGGAGCCCAGUAAUUGAUCCCCCCUCCCUCUUUCUCUGUGCCAUGGAGGGGGGGUGGGAUCAAUUACAGGGUCCCAAGGCCAGGCCACUGUGUGUUAAUUCCACCUUUUUUAAACGUGAACCAACAAAGGGAUCGCAGUCAGACAGAGAGAUCAGUCUGCAGGGGAACGGGGUUGAGCUGCACACCUCCCAUACCAAGAUCUGACUCAAGUCCUGGAGAGUAAUCCAUGGAUUGGGCUGGAAGAGGCCGCAGGUUCCAGCCACCGCCACUGUGGGACGCUUUUUAUGCAUCUUUUUAAUUAGCUAUAUAUUUGAAGAAAAAAGGACUUUACCUAUAUAUAUCUCAUAUAUAUAUCUAUAUAUAUAUCUAUAUACACGACACCCAGUCACUGGACUUUUUAUAUACAGCAGAUCUGGGGGUAUAUAGAGGUAUCUGCGGAUCCCGCAGUGCCUCAUUUUGGGGGUUUGAAUUUGUUUUGAGUAUUUUUUAUUUGAUUUUUAUUGGAGGUUCUGAUUGUUUUUACAAUAAACCCCUUUACCACGCCACCAGCAUUAUUUAGAAUGAUACAUGCAUCUUCUUAUUUAAGUUGCAUCUUAAAGGGUUGAUCAUUAUUUGGGGUUAUUUUCAGGGGCUUCUCAUUUUGUUCUAAUGUCAUAUUUAUUUGCACAUCAGUAUUCAUUAAAAUUGGGCCAUCCAUUUAACAGGGUGGAAGAUUUGUCCUUAA